GCAAGACUCUGUUUUCUUUGGUCCAUCACAAUUCACAGCCAUGGCGGAAACUUCUUACUUUCAACAUUUCCCGACUACCGAAUACUCACCAGAAUCAUCCUACUCAUGGGAUGAGCUCCUCUUCCACCACAAUUCACUCCCCUUCAAUCUCAACGACACCGAAGACAUGCUUCUUUUUGAUAUGCUGGCGGCCAACGGCGGCGCAUCUAUUACUGAUCAAUCGUCGGAAUCCAAUUCCUCCACCGCCGGCGUUGUCAAAGAAGAAGAAGUAACAUCGGAGUCUAAACCAGAUAAACCCCAGAAAGAAAAGUCAUACAGAGGCGUGAGACGACGGCCAUGGGGGAAGUUUGCGGCGGAGAUAAGGGACUCCACUAGGCACGGUGUGCGGGUUUGGCUAGGAACGUUUGAUAGCGCGGAGGCCGCUGCCAUGGCGUAUGAUCAAGCGGCAUUUUCCAUGAGAGGGACGGCGGCGAUUUUGAAUUUUCCGGUGGACAGAGUGAAGGAAUCAUUACAAGAAAUGAAAUAUGGGUUUGAAGAAGGGUGUUCGCCGGUAAUUGCCCUCAAGAAACGUCACUCCCUGAGAAAAAAACCGGUGAGUAGAAAAAUCAAACAAGUCGUUGAACAAAACACGGUGGUUUUUGAGGAUUUGGGGGCAGAUUAUCUUGAACAACUAUUAACUUCGUCGGAAAAUAGCACGACGAUUUCUUGGUAAAUCCCGAUCCGGCGUUUAAAGUUCAAGUGGUUGAGACUUUUCAAGAUAGUAGAGAUGUCCAGAACUUAAAUCUUACACUUUAGGUAUUGUUUAUUGUUUACUAUAUAAUGAACACAUGUAUUUAAAUGUGGCUUUAUGGGCAUUUUAAGGAAAAUGCAUACCCAUAACAUUAGUAUUUUUUUUUUUCUUUUUUGUUUUGUUGUAUGAAUUGAUCCCUCUUGUAUCUUUUAUCUCUUUGUAAAUUCCAAGGUUUAUUUUAUUUUAUUUUUUUA